AUGCAACUCGAUACGCCUCCACGCCGUAGUCCUGCGUCCACAUGCGCCCCCGCACAUUCCCCCCUGCUUCCGCUCGUUUCCCUCCUGCUUACCAUCUUACCCCACCCUCUUCUGCCCCCGCUGUCACCCUUUCCCCCCCCCCCCCUCUACCCCUUGUCCUUUACUCUACCCCCUUACCUUUACUCUACCCCCUGUCCUCCUCGCUCCCCACUGUCCUCCUCUCUAUUCCCUGCCCAUCCUCCCCUCCUCAACCCACCGUGUCACCUUCUCCCAUCCCGUACACCCAGCUUCCAUUCCCCCCCUCCUUCUCUCGGCCCCUCCCCUCCUCUCUCCUCGCACCUCCCCUCCGUCCUUCUCUCGAUCCGUAGAGGCACAUCAGGGCAUGUGCAACACAAACCCGAAGCACUUCGGGUUUACGUCGAAGAGGUAGGAGGUGUUGGCUUGACGGACACCACUCUCCCCCACGUCGCGGCCUCGUCCUGCAAAUCGCCGCCUCGCCACCGCAUCGCCCCAUUGUCCACAAAGCGUGCACAUUGCAGUGGGCCAUUGCAGGUGGAGGGGCUUAGAGUCGUGGGGGGCGCCAUUGCACCCUCUCUCAUCUCCUCCUCCACCCUCUCACCCCUCCGCCCCUCUCUCGUCCCCUUCUCCCCUCUGUCAUCCCCUCCUCCCCUCCUCCCUCUCGCAUCCCCUCCUCCCCUCUCCCAGCCCCUCCUUCCUUCUCUCAUCCCCUCCUCCCAUUGCUCCUCCACUCCUUCCAUCUCUGAUCCCGUCCUCCCCUCUCUCAUCCCUUGCUCCCCGAUCCCAUCCCCUCUCUAA